AUGGAGCGCUUUGUCUACCCGUCCUAUAGCAUCUACCAAAGUUAUGGGAACGCCUUCAGCCAUAGCCACAACGUGGCUCCUAGGCCGCCAUCUAAGCAAAAGCAGCCUGGCUGGAAGCAGAGCAAGAGCAGCAGGAGCAGCAUCCCGAGCCCUUACCGGGGCCCUCUGUCUGCCCCUUCCUCGGCCCCGCUGCCGCCGCCGCCGUCCUCGCCGGAUUAUUUAGACAGCUACAAGCGGGCCCAGCUGAAGGCGCUGCUCUCUCAAGUCAGCCCCGGCCUCGCCCCGAGGCUCCGCAAAGCCAGCACCAAGGAGGUGGGCACCCAGGUCAACCCGCGGGUGGACGCCGCCGUGCAGUGCUCGCUCGGGUCCCGCCAGCUCCAGAGCCUCCUCGGGCGGGAGCCUCCGCCACAGCAGAGCCGCCAACUCUCCCCUUGCCCCGAGGAGGAGGCGGCGGCGGAGGAGGAGAAGCAGCCGCCCACGGGGCGAGAAGGAGGGCAGCAAGCCGAAGAGCCCGAUGGGAAGAAACCUCUGGAGCCGGAGAAGGGCGCUCAGGAGCCGGCUGAGGCGAAGCUUCCAGGCAGCGGGGAAGGAGAAGAACCUGCCCAGCAGCUGCGGGACGGGGAGGGCGACGUGGCCCAGAAAGACGCCGCCGCCGCCGCCGGCGCCGCCCCCACCACUGAGGGCAAGAGAGCUGCUUUCCAGUUCCUAGAACAGAAGUAUGGCUAUUUCCAUUGCAACGACUGCAAGACCAGAUGGGAAAGUGCUUACGUAUGGUGCAUUUCUGGAACCAAUAAGGUUUACUUUAAACAGCUUUGUCGCAAAUGUCAGAAGAGCUUUAAUCCUUAUAAAGUGGAAGCAAUUCAAUGCCGUAUCUGUGCAAAGACUCGUUGCUCCUGCCCCCAGAAGAAAAGGCACAUUGACCUCAAGAGGCCUCACCGUCAAGAGCUGUGUGGCCGCUGCAAAGGCAAAAGACUCUCUUGUGACAAUACUUACAGCUUCAAAUACAUUAUCUAAUUUGUGCUGUUCUUGCACAUGGCACCAUGCACUUUGUUACUUGUUUCAUAACAUGGCUUUGACCUUAGGCUUCUGACCCGGCAUUGGAUACUGGAGUAAAGAUUUUUGUAAGGCUAGGAAAUAUUUGUAGUUUAUUGGGGUAACUUGUAAUGAAUUUGAAUCCCACUUCAAUUGUAAUAGUCGCUAAUAUGGAAGACUAGCUAUAGUACAUGAGAGCUAUAUUGAAGGGUGGGAAAUUGAGGAAUUUCUAUGUAGGAAACCUAAAAUUUCUACAAGGGGCCAGGUUUGGCCAUUUGAUGCUGUUUCAUUUACCCUUAUGAAUACUGUACUGUAACGACAAAUUACUAAUAAAAAGGUGAGCUGUCUCUUUGCAUACCCUUCUAAAACUAAUAAAAACUAAACUAUGCCAUAUAUUGCCCUCUGGUACAAUCUCUGCAGUGGAAAAUAUUUAUUAAAUGGAAUAAACAGAGUAAUUCUGAUCUGGGCAGAUGGUCUGCUUUUUUUUUUGCUCUAACUCUGAAUAAGUGUUAGAUUUAAAAGUCAUACAUUGAUCAUGACUUGCAGAAUCUCUGCCCUUGUAUGUUAUAUGAAAACAGUUGAGUUUCUUUCCUGAAGUAACUUACGAAGAUGAAUUUUCCCUGCCUUGUUUCAUUUUACAAACUGAUAUGGUAAUAAAUGUAGUUGUCUUGCAUCAAGUGUGCUCAGAGUGCCAAGAAUAAGUAAAUAGCACUGGUAGCAACUGUUAAAAAGGAAAUAUGGGUUGGCCUGUAGUGGCAGUAUUAGAAGUGGCAUAGUUUGACAUUAGUAUAGAUAGCUGUACAAUGGGGUGAUCUGAAAUAUAUACACACACAUUCUCUGUAUAAAUUCGGUCUAGGAAAGUGAGUAAGGUGUUGGACAAGAUACCUAUCAGUAGGGGAGAUUAGGCCAGUUUGAGAAGGUAAUCAGCUUUAGUUCUAGUGUCUCAAAUAGCUUGGUUUUCUGACACUCAUAAGCAUUUUCUUAGAGUAUUCUUCCAAACAGAAUGGUGGCAAGGGUGUUUUUGUAGAGACAGCAUUCAAGUCAUGCCAUGUAAGAACGCACUUCUUCCUUGCUAUUUAAGAGGACUGCAACAGGCAGGCACAAAGUUGAGAACAGGCUUGCCACAGAUGGCAGGAUAGGAUACCACUAAGAACGAGUGAAAUUCAGCAAAAGGCAGAAAUAUUCUCCAUACGUAAGGAUUAUGGAGGUAGGCUAAGCAUAAAACUACCCUUGGUUUCAACAGUACAGUAUUGGAGCAGCAAUAUAGUGCAUAUAAAAUCUAAGUUGCAAGCACCUAAUGGGAAAAUGUGUAAAACCCUGCUUUACUUUCUCAUGUACUCAGAACUAUAGCUGAAUCACUUUCCAGGUAGAGUUAAAACUAGGACAGUGUGGGCUCUUAUUUUCCAGAGCUGCUUGAGGAGCAAGAAUUACAUUUUCACCCCAAAGGGUACACUUCCAGCAUAUUUGCUUAGUCAUAAUGAUUAAGUGUACUACUUCUGUAAGUUUGCAUAAAAUAGUGUAUGAACUCGUUCUUGCAACCUCCAUUUUCCCUUUACAAUUUAAAUGUGAGUACUUUACUUCAAUUUUGUUUGAAGGACUAACCCGCUUAAGAGUGGAGAAACAUACACCAUUUUUCAUCCAGCUAGGGGUAUGCACUUGAAGCCAACUUCAGAAUAAACAGCCUAUUUUUCAAAGCUGCUUCGGGUCAAAUGAGAGAUUACAUUUCUGUCUCUCUUAUGGGUAUUUAGAAAGCAGCUAUCUGAGUGCUGUGAUGGCUGCAUGUUCAAAACCAAUUGAAAGCAAUAUUGAUAUGGUUUCAGAAAGACUUAAAGGAAUUGCCUUUGUACCUUAUCAUACACUCAUUCCAUAUUAAUCAGUACACACACAGGCAUGUUUGUAUAUAUGCA